AUGGCCGCGCCGUGGCCACGACAGGGCGCUUGGCGCAGCGUUCCUGCCACCAAGGCUGCGCCUACCGUGGCUACUAGUGGCGAGCCGACCAUGUCGUCCUCCAUGACGAAAGACGGCGGGCCAGAUUCCUCACGACAGUCAGCGAGGUCACCGCCGCCGCCCACAUCCACGUCGUCCACGCCAUUGUACAUUGUCUGCAGCGAGGCCGGAAAACUUGUGUAUGCCAACGGCGAUGAGGGUACACAAACAUGGGCUCUGACACAGGCGAGUGUCAUUCAUGCGAUGAUCUCGUUGUUUGGUCCCACGUCAUCGCUGCAGCGGAUUGCUUGGACAGAUACCCUAUACAUGGCCAUACUUCAUCGGGCGCCCUUGUAUGUCGCCUGCAUCGCCACGUCUGAGGUGCCGGAAAGCUACAUGCAGGCACAACUAGAAUACGUGUACCUGGCUAUCCUCAGUUUGAUCAGCAAGCCACGUCUUGAUAAGCUCUUCCAACGCUCGCCCAAUGUGGAUGUACGUGGCCUUAUCGGCCCCAUGCAUGCCUAUGUCGACCGCGUAGUCACACAAAUGCAUACCACACUUACGCCCCUAUGGAACGCUGUGCCCGUGUAUGAUAUGGAUGCGUACGUCCGUGAGCAGGCCACCAAAGCCUGUGCCCAAGUGCCUUUGACGCACAGACCAGCGCAUUUGCUCUAUGUCAUGCUAUGGUAUGACGCGCACUUGCUCACGAUUAUGCAGCCUAAGCGACAUGCGCCUUCGCCCACAGAUCUGAUGCUGGUGCAUGCCAUGGUUGAAUUUCUGCGCACAUCGCCUGCUCAAGAUGAUGGAUCAGAUACAUGGGUCCCUAUGUGUUUGCCUGUACAAGCGCCGCAUGGGUUUGUCUAUGUGUAUGCGAGCCAUUUGCACGCGCUAUCGUUGGUUGUGGUGUGUGGUGACAAGGACGGACGUGCAGCAUGCGAAGUCUACCGAACUGCAUUGUUGUCGUCUUCCUGUUGGCCGGCCCUCGGGCGAGCGCUGGCUAUGCCGCCGCCUAGCAUCGACAGUCUCGGGCUGCCGGGUCUGCGUGGGUUUACGUACGUGUCACGACGGCAUCAGCAGGUGAGCGGGACGCCCUGCCUGGAAGCGCAGCACUCACUCUACAUCCAGCUUGUCUGUGCGCUGCGUGGUGAGAGUGUCCAUGAAGAGACGAAGCCGCUCCCCCCUGCGAGGCGCCCAUGGCCGGUGGCUGCGCCGCUGCAUAUGCUGCUACUACAUACGCCGAACGAGGCGCUCUUGGGCUGGCGAACCAAGGCAUUUGAGCUAUUGCGAACAAACUUGUGGCGAUUCUUCGUGCUCGAGAAGCAAGGUAUGUGGCUAUAG